GCGUGGAUCCAGCUGCUAGCCCGACCAGGCGAUCGGGUCGAGUCCACCAACGACAUCGACCUCAACCAACUCAGACUCUCUCUCUCUACACCGGAGGUUAUCAUCCCGGAGCUUCUUCCUUUUCCGCCGCCUCAAUGAACCGGCACUGCCUCUCGACCUUCGGGCUUCCCUCUCAUCUCCCUACCUUCUGGCAGUCCGCUACGGACGUCCCUCUCUCUUUUCGGAUUCGGCAGCUGGACGUGCCGAUCCUCGAGGCGGGCAAGUGGGCAAGGUGGUGGAACGUGUACAUCGCGCUUAGCUUCAGUCUCCUCAAGGUGGUAUUCCAUUGGGCGGAGCCGGCCAAUAAGGACGAGGAGGACGAGAUUCUUGACGACGAGGUGGAGUUGCUGAUCGUCCAAGCCUGGAGAACGAACAUGGAGGGAGAACUGUUGGGGCUUCUAUUCGGGAAGGUCAGGAACGACCAUCAGGAGCCAAUCACGAACGAGGUCCUGGUGUUCCUGGCGCAACUCCUGGACGAUCUGCCCCUGGAUAUCAUUUCGCACUGCGACGAGCGACCUAUGGUAGCGACGCUUACCCGUACAUUGGUACCGCAUUUACUGUGGUCCACGUGUACGGAGCUUGAUGGUGACAAUUGCUACUACCCCUCCUCAGGCCACUCCUUGGCAAUCGACGUGUCCGACCUCACCUUGUGGGAUCCGAUCAUUCAAAGAGUGGAGGUGGAAGGGGUAGCUGAUGACGUAAAGGAAGAAAGAGGAGAGGAAAGCGAAGAGGAAGAAGAAGAAGACUUGGAGGCGGAAACCGACGAUCCCGAUUACCACGAGUCAGAGGAGAGUGAGUUGGGAGGGAGUGUGCCGGGCGAGCAAGGAAGAGGACGAAGUAGCAACUGAGAGGAGGCGAUAGAGGGCGGAAGGAAAGCGGUCAGUGGAAGAAUCGGACGGGUUAGCAACACGGCUGUCACAAGGUGAUCCGGCGCACAAUC